AUGAUUCUCUCUCUAACCGCCUUCAUGGUGAUGCUUCUCUCACCAACCGCCCUCAUCGUGGGCAUUUCACUAUGCGCUGUCCUACUCUUCUACAAGUUCAUCAUCUUCCCUGCCUUUGUAUCUAACUUGAGCAAUUACCGGGCGCCUCAUUGGUCAUGCCACAUCGCUCCCUUCUGGUUCUGGUGUGUCAAGUACUUCUACGAUGAAAGCCGCAUUCUUCACCAGAAUCACCUGGCCAAAGGCGUGGUUCUGCGCUUGACUCCGAGACUUUUAAGCGUCGGUGGGAUUGAGGAAGCGUUCAAGCCUUUGUAUCUGCGCGAUCCCAAUGCACGUGUUCCCAAAUAUGGGUAUAUUCCAGGUUAUCCCAUCUACGGUGCCGACAAUCUCUUCACCUUCGAGGAUGACGCAGCCUACUGCCCAUACAAUCCCUUCACACGCAAGCCUAUCACCGCCAACAUCCCCUUCAAGUCGCCCGUCCUCAGUGCCCUUACCGCCCCGGGCCCGCUCAAAGUUAAGGAGAUAAGUGACAAGGAAGAGAGCUAUGGCAGCCGCUUCGGGAUCCUAUGCGACAUGUUUACGGACAAUUCGCCCGCGCAUGAUACCAGCGGGAAUAUUGUUGCGUAUGCCCACCACGAGCCCCAGAAGAAGCUCGGAGAGGAGCUCGAACCCCUCUUGAAGUUCCCCCGGGCGACUGGCGAGUCUCCCAUGGACGCGGAUGAAUGUCCCUACUGGCCCAACGGGAGGCAGUCCAUGGACUAUACUCAUUUGUCCUCGGAGGCCAGCCCGGGCUCGUGCCCAGACACUGCAGACUAG